AUGACAUCACCAUGCAUGGAAAAUGGUAAAUGUAAGAAAAAUUUUCCUAAGAAAUCCACAAAUGAUGCCAUUACUGAUAUUGAUGGUUAUCCAUUGUUUCGUCGCAGAAACGCUGAUAAUGAACCGCUGAUAAAUAACCAAUUAGAAAGUGACAAUCAAUGGGUAGUACCAUAUUCACCACUACUCUCCGAAACGUACAAGGCUCAUAUUAAUGUUGAUCUUUGCAGUUCUGUCAAAUCCAUCAAGUAUAUUUACAAGUACGUUCAUAAGGGCACUGAUUUGGCCGUAUUUGGAGUACAAAAUAUAAAUAGCAAUGAAGCUAUCUGGCGCAUACUUAGCUUCCCCAUACACCACAGAGAACCUGCUAUCCAACAUCUUGCAGUGCUUCUUGAAAAUGGACAAU